AUGACUGAUAUACAAGAGUUGAUAACUGGGUUGAAGGAGUGCAUGAAUUACGACGUCGACGACACCGCAGUUAUUGGCGACUGUAUUAACAUCAUUAGAAUGAUAUCAAAAAAGAUUGUAUCGAUAUAUAGAGAGCAUGACGAUGAUCUUAUGAGCCAAAUUUCGGAUAUAAUGACGGUAGUGAUUGGAAAAAUGGCAUCCCGCCUGACUGUCGUUUUAGGAUACAUCCUUUGCAUCUUGUAUCACUUAAAACGAUAUGGCGAUGCGUUAAAUGUCGUAGAGGUGUUAAUGGAGUCCAAACCGCUGAACUUUUCUGUUUUUAUCAAAGCGAGUGACUCGGCGAUGUAUGGGUAUUACUACGGAAAAUUAUUGAUUGUUAAUAGCAGAUACCAAAAUGCCGCUGAAAGCUUCGAGCGGGCGUAUAUGUGUGCGUCUCCCAACUUUCAGGAAGUGAUAUUAAUGUAUUUGGUUCCGUUACAGUUACGACGGGGGAAGUAUGUUCCACGAGACUUACUUGAGAAAGUGAAUAACGUCCUGUUACUCGAGUUGUGUGAUGUAGUGAGUUGUGGAGAUGUGUAUAAUUAUGAACAAUUACUCAAGGAGAACGGAAGUGCGUUGCUUUCAGUAGGAUUGUACCCACUUUACAAUUCCCUUCGUAUUGUCGUCUACCGCAAUUUACUCGACUUCGUCUUCAGAACAAAAAAAGUGACCAAAAUGCAUUUGGAACUCUUCGUCAAAGCAGUCCAAGCAACGGGUGAAAAAGAAUGCGAUUUGAUUACAGUCCAGAAUAUGAUCACUAAUAUGGCUUCAGACAAAAUAUUGAAAGGUGCAGUUUACAUUGGAAUGAAGGCAAUGGCUGCUGCUCCUUGUGAUACUCUUACUUAUUACCAAUUCUAA